AUGGCGCCAACAUUCGCAGAAGCUACAGCCAUCACUGCCCUGGAUUCACAUACGUAUUCCAGUAACUUGAAUACGGAAUGGUGUGUUGGCUCAGUUCCUCACGGGGGUGUAGUAACCUCUGUUUUUCUUCGAGUAGCUACAACCCAUUUUCGUACUACACUCGCGACGCAGAAUCAGCCUCAUACAGUCUCGCUUCAUCUCGAGUUCUUACGGCGAACUCAGGAAGGUCCUGCAACUCUGGUGGUUCGCGAUGUCAAGCUCGGUCGGCAGACAUCGACUAUCCACGUCGUGUUGUCGCAGGAUGGGCGCGAUGAGGUCGUUGGCUAUCUUACGCACUCGAACAUAGACACCGAGACUGGCCUAUCCCUGAAGACACCAUGGUCUCUGGAGCCGCCUCCGCCUCCAUCACCGGCCAAUUUUGCUGAGCUCCUAACUGGUGGUAACGACCCCAACUGGAUAGAACAGACCGACAAACCGUUCCCGAAGUUUCGCAAGAUCUCCCAACGAGUCCGCACCGUCCUACCUCGCAAGGGUCAAGUAAUUUCAGGCUUGAUUGAUGAAUGGCUACGCCUCGAUUCGGGAGAAAGGUUCACAAAUGAGAGUGUAGGUCUCGUAUGCGACCACUUCCCUUCUGUUCUCGAAGAUCUAUGGCGCAAAGCGGAGGGCAACAAACCUUUCCCACCCUUUUGGUAUCCUACCGUAGUUCUUAACCUGGAUAUUAAAAAGGUUCUGCCACCCGAAGGAGUCGAAUGGCUGUUCGUGCGUGUUCGGACAAAAAGUGUUAAAAAUGGGAGGAUGGAUCUCGAAGUUGUUAUUUCAGAUGAGGCAGGCGAAGUUGUCGCUUUGAGCAAUCACGUCGCCUUGGUCGUGGGGUCUGAAAGGAAUUUAGCGGCGCGAAGAAAUGACCAAGCUAAGAUUUGA